GCAUGUUGUCCUAUUUGUGCUCCGAGGACUUCUGCGCCAUGAGGUUCGAGAACAGCGGCCUGAAUCUGUGCAUCAUGGAGGAUGAGUACUACAGCAGUGGACUGAUCCUGGGAAUCAUAUCCGCACUCGCUGUGAUGAAGCUGAUCCCAGUGAUCGCCAAGUGGACUGAUGGCGAGAUGAAUCCUAUACCACAAAAAAUCGAUUCUGGCGCCCCUGAGCUCAAGGUCCUGUCCAUCUUACCUCCACAGAAGAAAGAUACUCUUAACAAGGAUAAUGCCAAUGGAAGCGAAAAGUCCAACUAAACAAUUACAUUUUUGUGUAUUUUACUUAAUAGGGUAAACCAAAAUGAUACUUUGUUUAAUAAAAUUUCAAAAAGUCGGUGUGUAAA